UAAAACUUUAAGAAGAAGAAGAAGGGUCAUCAUCUUUGCGUUUUCAGCGCAGGACCUCAGACAGGCAACACUCCAACGACUGCCAGAAGUCGCCGAAGACUAUUUUUACGCACUGAAAAAAACAAAACAAUAAUGAAUAAUCCAGUAGUGCCGAUGACUUCCCCAUAACAUUCCUGAAAAUGCUCUAUGCGUGUUGGUAUGUGCUAGAAGAUGGCGGAGUCAGACGGUGGCGAUUUUACUCCGAAACAUUCAGAGAACAGUAUGGCUAACAAGAAUAGCACCCUGUGCUGUACUUUCUCCGCCCCGAGCCACAGUGCCAUUCUCCUCCAGGGCUUGUCGGUUUUGCGGGCUCAGGGUCAGCUCCUGGAUGUCGUGCUGGCAGUCAAUGAGGAGCACUUCCAGGUCCAUAAAGCAGUGCUGGCCGCCUGUAGUGAUUACUUCAGAGCGAUGUUUACAGGAGGCAUGAGGGAGUCAAACCAAGACACCAUUGAGCUGAAGGGUUUAUCAGCCCGAGGGCUGAAACAUAUCAUUGACUUUGCCUACAGUUCAGAUGUAACAUUAGACCUGGACUGUAUUCAGGACGUCCUGGGAGCUGCCGUGUUUCUCCAGAUGGUUCCCGUAGUGGAGCUCUGCGAGGAGUUCCUCAAGUCCGCGAUGAGCGUCGAGACGUGCCUGCACAUCGGGCAGAUGGCCACCACGUUCAGUUUGUCUUCCCUUAAAGAGUCCGUGGAUGCCUUCACCUUUCGUCAUUUCCUCCAGAUUGCAGAGGAGGAGGACUUUCUGCACAUUCCCAUGGAGCGCCUCAUCUUCUUCCUGCAGAGCAACAAGCUGAAGAAUUGCAAAGAGAUCGACCUCUUCCACACCGCCAUCAGGUGGCUCCAGCAUGACGAGUCCCGCCAGGCUCAGGCCAGCAGCGUCCUCUGCCACGUCCGCUUUCCGCUCAUGCGCUCCUUGGAGUUAGUAGACAGUGUUCAGACGGUGGGCAUCAUGGUUGAUGAUGUGCUGUGCCGCCAAUAUCUCCUUGAGGCCUUCAAUUACCAGAUCCUUCCCUUCCGACAGCAUGAAAUGCAGUCCUCGCGGACACUCAUUCGCUCUGACGUUUUGUCCCUCAUCACCUUUGGCGGGACUCCCUACACUGACAACGACCGCACAGUGAGCACCAAGGCUUACUACCUUCCUGACGCUGCCUCUCGCCAGUUCAAAGAGUUGACAGAGAUGGAGACGGGUUGCAGCCACUCUUGCGUCGCAGUGCUUGACAACUUUGUGUAUGUCGUCGGUGGGCAGCACUUACAGUUUCGCAGCGGGGAGGGGGCCGUGGACAACUGUUUCCGCUACAACCCACAUCUGAACCAGUGGCUGCGCAUCCAGUCCCUGCAGGAGGCCCGCAUCCAGUUUCAGCUCAGUGUUCUGCAGGGACAACUGUACGCCACUGGAGGACGCAAUCGAUCUGGGAGUCUGUCUUCUGUCGAGUGUUACUGCCCAAAAAACAACCAGUGGUCUUACGUGGAACCAUUAAAACGCAGAAUUUGGGGCCAUGCUGGGACAUCUUGCCGAGAAAAGCUGUACAUCUCAGGUGGUUACGGCGUCUCAUUGGACGACAAGAAAACGCUUCACUGCUACGACCCCGCAGCAGACCAGUGGGACUUCAGAGCCCCCAUGAAUGAACCCAGAGUGCUGCAUGCCAUGAUCAGCACCCAGCACCGUGUUUAUGCUCUGGGUGGUCGAAUGGACCAUGUGGACCGCUGUUUCGAUGUUCUUGCAGUUGAGUAUUACAGUCCGCAAAGUGACCAGUGGACCACCGUCAGUCCGAUGAGAGCAGGGCAGUCUGAGGCGGGCUGCUGCCUGCUGGACACAAAGGUUUACAUCAUAGGUGGUUAUAACUGGCAUCUGAACAAUGUCACAAGCAUUGUUCAAGUGUACAACACAGAGACAGAUGAGUGGGAACGGGAUUUGCACUUUCCAGAAUCGUUCGCUGGCAUUGCCUGUACUCCGAUUAUACUUCCACAGAACACCACACAACACUAAACACCUCAUCUACAACUGUGAAGACCUUGUUCUUUAUGCUCAUUCUACUGCCUGAUGAAUUGAGUGUUUGUAUUCCUAGCUGACAGAAACCCAUUACCUUUUUUGUAUGAACAUCUUUAAGGAUUGUUAUUUUUGACUUUUAUAGUUAUGUUUGCUUAUCUAGUUUUUAGAUAAGGUAUUCCAAAGGUAAGUCAUAAUUAUGGCAGAGUUCCAACACAGUCUGUGAAAGUCUGGAAUUUGAUUUCUGUAUUAUCCGGCUCUAUUUGGAAGUAUGAAGAUGAUAAUGGUAAAAUCUUUGGAUUUUUCCUCCCUUUCUCACUUGUGUCCGUUAUUGCUUCCUUUAUAUCCAGCUUCCUUUCUUCCAUGCUUCUUUCCUUUUUGUUCUGCAUCCAUUCAUUCCCUGUGUUCUUCCUUUCGUUUUUUCCCUCUAAGUCCUUCAUUCUUCCCUCUUUUCUGUGUGACCUACCUCCAUUUUGUUCUUUCUUCCUUCCUUCCUUCCUGUGUUUUUCUGAUACAACAUGUAAACCCUGCUUACAGUAAGUCAUUGCUAUGAAUUGAUGAUGAAUGUUUGCAUUUUAUAUUUUUAAUGGCGAUAAGACUAAAAACGUUUGGAAUUUUUUAUGUGAAAUAAUGUGUAGGAACCCUGUUCUUGAAUGCUUGACCAUUUAUUAAAUGUAUCAUCACAGGCCAGUUAACUGGUAAGGCAUUCCCUAAGUUAUAGCAGUUUCUCAUAUGAAAAUAUUAUUUUAGUUUGUAAUAGUGAUCCAGUUACCAAUGAAGGGCUCAAGUUACAAGAGGCACAAAUAGAUGGUUAGAUGUUCUUUACAAAAUCAGCAUUUAAAUUUGUUGGACAUUUUGAUUGUACUGACGUAUUUUUUUUGUUUAUUUUGCGGCCCAGGUAACAAUUUAUCCUUAGGUCUGUUGCUAUAGAGAAAUCCUAAUCAACAUGCUACAUAUCAGCACUAAAUACCUGCAUAAAAAUGAAGAUUUGGAUGUGUUAAAGUUUUAGGAUUUUACUUUUUAUAGGAAUGUCUUUCUGAUUUCUAAUGUGUUUCCUGAGCUGAAACUAUAAUGUUUAAUUUCUUUUUCUCAGCUAUAAUCAAACAACUGCAGACCUCUUACGGCAGCUACAUUAAUAAUGUAUUUGUGUCUAAUACAAUGUUUUGCAUGGAUCUUUUGUUUACUUUCUUAACACUGUUUGUUUCAAGCCCACAAAUUCAAAAGUUUACAUCAAUUUUUGUAGUUACAAUUUGUCUGCAUCCUUUGCACUUUUUAAAGCUGUAUUCACCAGAUGUGUUGAGACUUGAUAAGUUUAUUUAACUUUUAGAAGCAAGCCUCUUGUUUUUCCUUCUGAACUUGGCCAACUCCAUGAUAGCGAGGUUGUUUUCUCCUAUCUGCCUGCCUUUGUGUGUCUUGUUCUACCUGUAACAAUCAAAGCACAUUAUAUUGUCAUAGUGCAAUACAGUGGAAACUGAUGUACUCCAAGGGGAAUGUAUGCAUUUCUGUACCUUUUAUGUGAAUCCUGUAUUAAAGGUGUAUAGUGUUUUAAAAAUGUAA